AUGACACCAAUUCGAAGAGCCGUCGCUCUCUCGACCGUGUCUAGGCUCUCGAGCCUCUCGAGACAGCGCCUCGUCGUCCGGUCUCAGUCUCUCUCUGCUGCCGUCUCUCAAUUCCACGCCUACUCGACGUCUCGUCCUCUCCGACAACAGGCAUUCCACUCGCAGCUUGAGAAUGCGCCCAACGCCGCCGACCUCCUCAGUUCCCUCGAUGCCGCCUCAGCAACAGCUCCCUCGACUCCCCAAACCCUCACCGAGAAGAUUGUACAGCGGUACUCGGUUGGCCUUGCCCCUGGCAAGAAGGUCAAGUCUGGGGAUUAUGUGACUUUGCAGCCUGCGCAGUGCAUGACACAUGACAAUAGCUGGCCUGUCGCUUUAAAGAUGAUGUCUAUCGGCGCCACCCAGAUCAAGAACCCGUCACAAAUCGUUAUGACCCUUGAUCACGACACCCAGAACAAAACUGAGGCCAACCUGCGCAAAUAUAAAAACAUACAAGAGUUCGCUGAGAAGCAUGGCACAGCAUUCUACCCAGCAGGGCGGGGCAUUGGCCACCAAAUCAUGAUCGAGGAAGGAUAUGCUUGGCCAGAAAGCCUUGCUGUGGCAUCUGAUAGUCACUCGAACAUUUAUGGUGGAAUUGGGUGCCUUGGAACCCCUGUCGUUAGGACAGACGCCGCCGCCAUCUGGUCAACGGAACGUACCUGGUGGCAGAUUCCCCCGAUCGCCAAGGUCACGUUCACCGGGCUCUUGCCCCCUGGAGUUACGGGAAAGGAUGUCAUCGUUGCCCUCUGCGGUCUCUUCAACAAGGACGAGGUGCUGAACCAUGCCAUCGAGUUUGCCGGAUCAGAACAAACAAUGCACAGCAUCCCCAUCGACGACCGUCUCACAAUCUCUAACAUGAGCACAGAAUGGGGAUGCCUCACAGGGCUGUUCCCUGUUGACGAUGUCCUCGUCUCGUGGCUGCGUGCCAAGGCCACCACUGCUGCCAUGCUCAGCCCAAACUCUAACGAGAGCAGGUUCACUCACAAGCGUAUAGAUGACCUGGUCGAAAACAGGCUCACUGCUGACCAGGGUGCCACCUACGCGAAGGAGCUCUACCUGAACCUUUCAACCCUCUCUCCCUUUGUUGCUGGUCCCAACUCGGUCAAGGUUGCCACUCCUAUCCGAGAUCUCGAACCUCAAAGCAUCUCCGUUGAUAAGGCUUAUCUUGUGUCAUGUACCAACUCCCGGGCCUCCGAUUUGGCUGCCGCCGCUCGCGUCUUCCGGGAGGCCGCCCAGGAGGGCAAACCGGCCAGGGUUGCGCCCGGUGUCAAGUUUUACGUCGCUGCGGCAUCCAUCUUGGAGCAGAAGAUCGCAGAGGAGGCCGGCGAUUGGGACGUUCUUCGCGAGGCCGGUGCUGAGUUCUUGCCUAGCGGCUGUGGCCCGUGUAUCGGACUCGGGACAGGUCUUCUUGAAGAAGGCGAGGUUGGCAUAAGCGCGUCCAACCGGAACUUCAAGGGACGUAUGGGCUCGCCGCUUGCAAAGGCAUAUCUCGCCAGCCCAGAGAUCGUUGCUGCCAGUGCCAUUCAGGGCAAGAUUGCUGGACCCGGCUGGUACCAGAAGCCCGAGGGCGUCGAGAAGGUUAUCAUUGGAGAGGGCAGCGGAGAUCAUGUGGCAGACAAGGCCCUCUCCAUUGAAGAUGCUCUCGACAAGAUCAUUGCAGAGGCCGAGAGCAUGAUUGCUGUUGCUGAAAAGGACGGCUCCGGAGCAGAGGCCGAGACCGCUGCUCCUGCUUCUGAGGCUGAGGGGGAGGAGACACUCACGGACAUCAUCCCUGGCUUUCCUGAGAAGAUCGAGGGUGAGAUUGUCUUUUGCGACGCCGACAACAUCAACACCGACGGCAUCUAUCCCGGAAAAUACACUUAUCAAGAUGGCAUAACGAGGGAGCAGAUGAGCGAGGUGUGCAUGGAGAACUACGACCCCGAGUUCCGCAACACAGCUCGCGCAGGUGACAUCCUCGUCGCCGGCUUCAACUUUGGCUGUGGCUCGUCCCGAGAGCAGGCUGCCACCGCCAUCCUGGCCAAGGAGAUCCCAUUGGUUGUCUCGGGAAGCUUUGGCAACAUCUUUAGCCGGAACAGUAUCAACAACGCCCUCCUAGGUGUCGAGGUGCCGCGCCUCGUGGAGCGCCUCCGCGAGACCUACAAGGACGACGCCGAGAAGCCCCUCACGCGCCGCACCGGGUGGAAGCUCCUCUGGGAUCUCCGCCGCAGCAAGGUCGUCGUCACCGAGAAGAGCGGCGAGACAUGGAGCCAGAAGGUUGGCGAGAUGCCGCCCAACGUCCAAGAGAUCAUUGCUCGUGGUGGCCUCGAGAAGUGGGUCAAGGCCGAGAUUGAAAAGUAG